AUGCUGAGCAAAUCGAAAUACGAUAAUCGUUGUGAUUACGGUAAUCCGUUGAACAGGAGUCAACAUUCUCGCGGAAGUUCAGUCCGGGUGGGAUACAGUCAUGUGGAGAAUGCUAUUCAUCUGGACGAUUUUGCCGACGAUUCGUUUGAUGAUGAAGAUGACGGCCACACAAGUGUUAAAGAUGAAGCAGACCAUCCAACGGAAAAUAUUGCAAGCCAUUAUGGUGCCAGUGAUCAGUAUCGCGACACAUGGCGACGGGUGAAAGCUAGUGAUGCUAUUUGCGGCGCGGUGCCAGCAGGGUCGUCGUCUAGAGCCGUAUCGACUGAAAGUAGUGAAUCGUCGACCGCCUUUCAGGCUCAGCCUAAUCUUUCAAGCGGGUUUUCUUCAUUUGUAUGA